ACGCGUCCUGAUUCUUCUGAUCUAGGUAGGACCAGGACUUGCGGUAGUGCAGAAGAAGGUUUGGGGUUGAUUGAUGGAGGAAUUAGAGCAAGUGUUGAGAGAUAAGGGACUAACUGUAUCGUCUCUCCCGGAAAAAGGUCGCUGCCUUUUCACCACUCGCCAUUUCUCUCCAGGGGAAGUGAUUAUAUCUGAAGAGCCAUAUGUUUCAGUUCCCAAUAAAUCAGCUAAAUGUGAAUGGUGUUUCGCUCCAACUAACCUUAAGAGAUGUUCCGCAUGCCGUGUUGUUUUCUACUGUGGGAAUACAUGUCAGAAGUCAGAUUGGAAGUUGCAUAGGGUUGAAUGCCAGGCCUUGUCCAAGGUUGACAAGGAAAGGAUAAAAUCCAUUACGCCCAGUAUAAGAUUGAUGGUUAAGCUUUAUCUACGGAGGAAACUGCAAGAUGAGAAGGUUAUUCUAACUACAGUCAUGGACAAUUACAAUCUGGUGGAAUCCCUGGUUUCCCAUAUGACUGAUAUUGAUGAGAAGCAACUAGUUUUGUAUGCUCAAAUGGCAAACCUUGUUGGUUUGAUUCUUCAAUGGCCCGAGAUCAAUGUAAAGGAGAUUGCAGAGAACUUUUCUAAGGAUGUGCAGUUUUCAUGUAAUGCACAUACAGUUUGUGAUGCUGAACUAAAACCCCUGGGGACAGGCCUUUAUCCGGUGGUUUCUAUAAUCAACCACAGUUGUUUGCCGAAUUCGGUUCUAAUAUUUGAGGGACGAUUGGCUGUUAUCCGAGCUGUGCAGCAUAUACCCAAAGGUACUGAGGUAUCAAUAAGUUAUAUAGAAAUGGCUGGAAGCACUGCAACUCGACAACAGGCUCUUAAAGAACAGUACCUUUUCUCCUGCACUUGCAUUCGCUGCGUCAAGUUGGGCCAAAAUGAUGAUAUCCAAGAAAGUGCAUUUCUGGAGGGUUAUAGAUGCAAGGACAAGGAAUGCAGUGGUUUCCUGCUUCGUGACUUUGGUAAUAAAGGAUUCACGUGUCAAUUGUGUGGACUCUUUAGGGACAAGGAAGAAAUAAAGAAUAUCGUUAAUGAAAUCCAAUCGCUGUCAGAAAAAUCUUCAUUUUCACUUUCAUAUGGGAAUAACAAAGAUGCUAGUGCAAUGUAUAAGAUGGUUGAGAAACUUCAAUUGAAGCUGUACCAUCAUUUGUCGAUCAAUCUAAUGCGUAUGCGGGAGAAUCUCUUAAAGAUAUUGAUGGAGCUGCAAGAUUGGAAGGAGGCACUAAAGUACUGCAGAUUAACUAUUCCAGUUUAUCAGAGAGUUUAUCCAGAAUGUCAUCCUUUACUUGGACUGCAAUAUUACACUUGUGGAAGACUUGAAUGGUGGCUUGGUGAGACUGAGGAAGCUUACAGAUCACUGGCCAAGGCAGCGGAGAUACUGCGAAUUACUCAUGGAACAAACACCACUUUCAUGAAGGAGCUUUUUGUGAAGUUAGAAGAAGCUCGUGCAGAGCUCUCUUACAAGCUUUCAUCCAAGGAAGAAGAAUGAUCAUUGAACUGCAUCCACAGAUGCACAAAAUCUUAUAGACGACUCACGAAAUUCUGCUCUACAUGUUCAACUAAGGGGAAGAUGCAAAAGGUCUUGUAAACGACAUAUGCCAAAACUCUGUUACACCAGUUCAACAAAGGGCCGUUCCUUCUUUCCUGAUUAUUACAGUGAAUUUCUUGUGAUACUAAUCUCCCUUUCCUACUAUCUCCUUUUGCUGGGAAUGAGUUCCUAUUGUGAGAGAAAAUAGGAUACUGGGAGUUUCUUCUUUUAGUAUUAGAUUCCCUUGAGUAUUGAUACAAGGAGGUGCAAGGGAGUUUUCAUAGGAAGUAAAUAGCUAAAACUGCUAUUGUUGCUUACAUCUGUCAACAUUACUAGUUUCACAAGGUCCGUGCUAAGCUCGGGCCCAAACUCAAAAUAUGAAUAUAAUAAUUAAAAUCUUAAAAUAUAAUUCAUAUCAUAUUAUUUUUUUUCU